AUGGCGGAUCCGGGUCCACCUACGAGAUUAUUCCUCGUCUACGAACCCAAGAACCAAGAACCAGCAGUUGAUAUUGUCAUCAUUCAUGGCUUGAAAGGUCAUGCGUACAAGACAUGGACUUCUCCUCUUGUGCCCGACGCAGUGGCAGAUUUGCCCACCGAUUUGCAGUCAGAUGGAGAGAUGAUCGCUUCAAGGCGAGAACAGGUUCUUCGCAGUGUCACAAGCUUGAUGAAACGGGCCUCAGGAAAACGAGGGCCGAGCAACGCCUCCAAGCCCAAGACACCAUGCUUCACGAUCAGACGAGGCAUCAUUAGAGGACCAAGAAAAUCUAUCGAUUCGCGCUGGUUCGGGAACACUUGA